GCAACGUCGAUGCGUGUUGAUGAGAAACAGCUGUGAGAAAGACAGAUUGACCGUCGGACUUCAAGAACACUGGCUUUUUAAUAAGAUAUGCCCACCUCCACGUCCACCUCCAAUCUUUUCCCGCCCUGUCUCCUAUCAUCUGAUCUUAGACUCAUUAUCGUCUCUUCAUCAUUAACGUGCUAGUUGUCAGUUUCGUGUGGUGAUUCAGAUGCAAGAAGUAGUUCACUUGAUGCUAGUAUCAUGAAAGAGAAUAUACAACCGUGAACAUCUCGUAUGAUCGUCCCUCUUCAAUGACACGAUAUCCUUACAAUUUGUACAUCAAUCCAACAUCAGCGAUGCAUCUGCGUCGUUUUUGUUGCCCAUUUCCUACUCCCAACUUUUGUCUUUUUCCCACAUAGGUUUUGAAGGUUCUGGCUUUGUAUCUACAACUUACGAAUAGAGACAUGGAUAUGAAUCUUAAUAGUCUGACUGAGGAAAGAAGCAAGUCUAUUUUUAGUGCUACAUUUACUGCUACAAUCUCGGAACAGACGAGUCUUUUACUGCGACAAACACUUGUUCGAACUGAAGCAACUGCUCACCAGGAGUUGGUUAUGUUUUCUUGAUAAUUAAGGCUUCCCCUAAUUAAUUCAUCUUCGGGAGCAUCCCCAAGAGGCUUUCAAUUGGAAACGGCGCCUAUGAUGCAUCCCGGGAUGGAUUAGGGUGAGCCCUGAUUAUUAUACACUCAUUUACCGAACAUCACUCGUGGGUCGUGCGUCAGAAUUUACAACACACAUCUUCAAUUCGAAGUAUAAAAAGAUACUUGCAGUGCUGAAGUGA